UAAAAGUAAUAUAUAUGUUGACUCAUUUAGUGUAGUGGUAUCGUUUUUGAUUCUUUCCUAUUGGGGGGUGUGGGUUCGAUUCCUCUUGAUGUUUUUUUAUUUUUAUUUUAUUUCUCGCACUUUUAAAUUUUUUUCGAGUCUUUUUAACCUUUCAAUACUUAAAAUAAUUUUUUUUCUCAAUUUUUAGAUGGCUGAGGUAUCGUUUUUGAUUCCUUCUUUUUGGGGGUGUAAGAUGGCUGCCUAUCGUAAAAGACACAACCUCCAACAACAAAACGAAGAUGCCAGUUGUCGAAGUUCCUUAGCAGCUACAGCAGAUGAAGCAUCAGAGCCUCCUUCAAAAUUUUUAAAAGCAGAUUCACCAGGAGAAGCUGAUCAACAAUCUGCAGCUUUAGAUUUUUCUUUACAAAAUGCAAAUAGAAUAUUGCCUUUAAAUGAAGAAGAAAAUGAUGUUGUUAAUAAUAAUGAUGUCGUUGAUGAUUGCCCUAUUGAAAACAUUCCCGAUGAGCUUCUUAUAACGAUUUUUACCUAUCUUGUCGAAGGUGAUUUAGGCAGAUGUGGCGCUGUGUCUAAACGAUUUAAUAGAAUCUCUAAUGAUUGUGGCUUGUGGAAGCGUCUCUAUAUAACAAUAUUUGAAUAUACCACUCCUUUGUAUCAUUCUCUUGUAUCUCCGUGUAAAUAUGAACUUCGUGAGCCUCAUCGUUGGAGAAAUUGUUUAAAUCCGUGGAAAGAAAGCUAUUUAUUAUUGAGGCAUGGAGUUCACGUCCGUCCAGGCCAAAGUGAAAUUUACAGCCAACCUGGUCGUAGCAUUUCUCAUUUUGAAUGUAUUGAAACAGCUCUAAAAUUUGUUGAAGCUCGUCCAAAUCUUCCAAAAUUAAUAUUUUUGCAUACGGGGAGACACACACCAGAAACACCUAUAAUUAUUGGAGGAACAUCAAUACAAAUAAUUGGAGCUAGUAGUGGAACUGAAUUAAAUAUUAUGAAUUCUGUUAUUAUUGAAAAUCAGAGGGAUACUGUUGUCUCUUUUGUCAACGGCUCAUUGGGUUCAUAUCUCGGUUAUUGCACUACUGUUUUUAAUCCAGACAAGGCUACAACUUCUCAACUUCACGUUAAUCAUUAUGCUUUACAGAUAAUUGAUGAAACAGAUGUUGUUAUUGACCAUGUCAUUAUUCAUUCAAAUAGUUUUGUUGGUGCAGCUUUGUGUGUAAAAAAAGCUGGAGCUAAUCCAAAAAUUCGACAUUGCAUUGUCUCUGACUGUGAAAAUGUUGGAAUAUUUAUUAGCGAUAACGCACUGGGAAGAUUUGAGGAUUGCGAGAUUGCCCGAAACAAUUUAGCUGGAGUUUGGGUCAAAAAUCAGGCUAAUCCUUUCUUCCGUCGUUGUCAUAUUCAUCAUGGACGGGAUGUUGGCAUUUUUACUUUUGAAAAUGGACAUGGAUUUUUUGAAAAAUGUGAUAUUCAUUCAAAUAGGAUCUCUGGAAUUGAGGUGAAAAAUCAUGCGAAUCCAACUGUUAUAAGAUGUGAUAUUCAUAAUGGACAGACCGGUGGAAUUUAUGUUCAUGAAAAAGGACGUGGACAAUUUAUGGAAAAUCGAAUUUAUUCAAAUGAAUUUGCUGGAAUUUGGAUAACUUCACAAUCUGAACCAACAAUUCGUAAAAAUGAAAUAUUUAAUGGACAGCAAGGAGGUGUUUAUAUUUUUGGUGAAGGAAGAGGAUUAAUCGAACAAAACAAUAUUUAUGGAAAUGCUUUGGCUGGAAUUCAAAUACGUACAAGUUCUGACCCAAUAGUUCGCUUAAAUAAAAUACAUGAUGGUCUGCAUGGUGGAAUUUAUGUGCAUGAAAAAGGGAAGGGGUUAAUUGAAGAAAAUGAAAUUUAUGGAAAUACAUUGGCAGGAAUUUGGGUUACAACAGGCUCGUCUCCAAUUUUGAGAAAGAAUAGAAUUCAUUCAGGAAAGCAGGUUGGCGUCUACUUUUACGACAACGGUCACGGCCUUUUGGAAGAAAAUGAUAUUUUUAAUCAUUUAUAUUCUGGAGUACAAAUUAGAACCGGUUCAAACCCAAAAAUUACUCGAAAUAAAAUUUGGGGUGGUCAAAAUGGUGGUGUGCUUGUUUAUAAUAAUGGAAAUGGUGUUCUUGAGGAUAAUGAAAUAUUCGAUAAUGCAAUGGCGGGUGUAUGGAUCAAAACAGAUAGUAAUCCAACACUUAGGAGAAAUAAGAUUUAUGAUGGGAGAGAUGGAGGUGUCUGUAUUUUUAAUAGAGGGAGAGGCCUUUUGGAAGACAAUGAUAUUUAUAGAAAUGCACAAUCUGGUGUGUUAAUCUCAACAGAAUCAAAUCCUGUGUUAAGAAGAAAUAGAAUUUUUGAAGGAAGAGCUGCUGGGAUUGAAAUUACUAAUGGAGCAAGUGCAACAUUAGAAUAUAAUUUGCUUUAUAAUAAUCGUUUUGGAGGUCUUUGUUUGGCAACUGAUGUACGUCCAAUUCUUCGUGAUAAUCGUGUUUAUGAUAAUUAUAAUGCUGUUGAAAGAGCGAUAAAUAAAGGAUUUUGUUUGUUUAGAAUAAGUUCUUGUACAUCUUUUCCAAUGCAUGAUUUUUACAGAUGUAUAACAUGUAACACAACAGAAAGAAAUGCAAUUUGUGUAAGUUGUAUAAAUGUAUGUCAUCGUGGUCAUCAAGUAGAAUUUGUUAGACAUGACAGAUUCUUCUGUGAUUGUGGUGCUGGAACAUUGGAACAACAAACUUGUUGUCUACAGAAUGAGAUGAAGGAUAAUGGUAUUUAA